AUGUCGGCUCAGCAUGGUUGUGUUGACGACUUCUGCAGAAAGUUGUUUGCGAAGCAUCUCAUCAAUCGUUUCUCUCUUGGAGCGAAUUUACCGCUGAGUGUGGUUGCAAUGUCACGUGUUGCCUUGCUCCUGGGAGUUGCGCUGUUUGAGAGCACUCUUGCAAAGCACGUCGGCCAACAAAGGAUAGUAGUGGAUGCAAAUGGUGCUGAAGACGACGCUGGUACUUCUCUGCUCAGACGGGAGGCAGAGCUCAUGCGGGUGGACGAAGGAGCUGAUCAAAAACAAGCAGCCCGAGCUGAUUGUACGGGUCUUCUGAUGGCCUUCAGUUGUGAUGAACACAAGACCGCGGCGGUCUGUGAAAGCCACAAAGUGAACUCCGGAUCCGAUGCAUUCAGAUGCAGCUGGAAGCCGUCAGUACCUGCCGGCGACAACCCGGCAGUGCCGGCGAAUUGCUUCGUGGAUCUUGCAGCGGGAUCCUGCGGAAUCACCAACUCUACUGGGCCGGCGCUCUAA